AUGGAAAGAACAGUGACGGAUAAGUGGAUAACGCGAGAUGAGAACGGUAAAGUAGUGGAGCAAAAAGGCGAACGAAGUUGGCACGGCCAAACGAGUGGCUUACAUCGACGAUCCGAUGGUACGGGUGAGUCAUGGCAUCGUGUCGCCGAUUUGGAUCCGAAAGGCAAAUCUUCAUUCAUUGACAACCGUCGACUCUAUACGGGGGAUUAUGUUAUUGAGGUAACUGAAAACACAUUCAUUCGACCACACUUUUGCGCCGACAUCUUCGUCAUUCUCAAUCGUGAACAUCAUGCAUUCCAUUUCUCAUCGCAAAUCUCAGAAAUGUGA